CACGUGCACGAGACGUCUGCCAGCGCGCGCGCCGCACGGCCAACGAACGUGUAUUUCAUCGGCGCACAGAGAGUUCUAGAAGCACGCAGGCAAUUCCCGCAGCUCGGUGAGCGGGUCCAGCAUCGCCUGCGCUCCACCAGCAGAUGUAGAAGCGAAGGGGAGCCCAUCGCUCAGUCCCAGUUUAGUUUGCAAGUAGGGGAACUGCUGCACUUUAUUGGGCCAGAAACCAGGUGAAAACACCAUGCUGGAACCAGUAAUAUAAUAAUAAGGUGUUGUGGUUAUUGUGUCUUGAGGCGCCGUAGCGCGUAGGCUGGACCAACCCGCCAUCAUGCCCCUCCGGGUCUUCUCGUACCCGCUGCCCGAAACCCGCUUCUUCCAGGCCGGCUCUCGAGUGUUCAAGUUCAAGAUCAGGAACGGCAGUAACGCCAGGGGAUGUGAGAUAACUGAUGAGCAAGUUUCCCAGGAAAUUGAGGAUGCCAUUCGGGUGGUGCUGGCAAACCUGGAUUGCCUUCAGCCCUUUGCCACAAAGCAUUUCAGCGUCUUUCCCUGUAUGCUUUCAGAUACAAAUUUCACUGUAUUAGUGAUGACAGCUGAAUGUAGCAACUGUGGCCAACCUAAACACGAAGCCCGAGAUAAGGUAUCGUCAGAGAUGUGGAGAUGGUGUCUGCAGAUACAGAACUUGAGUGGUUCCAGUUUGCGUGCUGUAUCACUAAACUUUGUUGACAAGCCAAGAGAACUGGAGACCAGACACCUGUCCGUGUGUCACUCCAAGCGCAGUAGACGAGAGCAGCCACUAGAGGGCUCGCCAGUUCAGCUCAGCCUGUGGGAGAAAACAGUCCUGGAGGGCCUCGAGAUGGACGGGGAGCCGCACUUCUGGCCCAGUCGACCAGAAACAAUGGCUAGCGACAGGGGUGUGAGCGAGUCUGUCUCUCUCCCACACAAAGACUCACCUUAUGCUCCCCACAGCAGCCCAACACCCCCCAGGCUGUGUUACUGCUGCUCGCACUCACAGCUUCCAGAGUGUUUUGUGCCAACUCACCUAGGUGCACGUAACCAGUUCACACACAGUGAAGCUGUAGACGGGAAGGAGGCAAGGGAGGCACAAGGUGAACAAGGGGAGCCUGCUACAGAAGCACAGGAGGGUCAGCCCCACACCCCGCAGAGGAGCACCCCCACAGGAGACCACACCAGUGUGUUCAUUCGCUGGGCCUGUAAAGUAUUCCCCUUGUCACUGUUCUCUUCCCAUAAGAAGAAAUAGAGCCAAAGACCAUGAUCCUUUUUUCCAGCAAAUUCCAGUGUUGAGAUGUGCUCUGGACUGCACUGCAUCAUCACACGUAAUGCUUGCAAACAGUACAGUCAGGAAGUUUAAAGUAUGCUUUGGUGGGUUAACCUGCUACCAUCAAGUAAUUGUUUGUGCCUGUUAAAUUUAAAGAUGUUGUUUUGCGAAAGUUCUUCCUUUUGUUUUUUGUGUCACUAGUAAUAUAGACUGACAGUGGUCAAUGUUCACAGCUAGACCAAGUUUUUACCAUCAGUUGGUUAGAUCAUUCAGUUGUGUUCACCUGUAACUUUUGUACUCCUGUUACUAUGAGUAAUAUUUUUGUUGUUGCAUUAAAUUUCAAGUGCAGAACUAUUAUUUUCAGUUUUCCAGUGUAUUAGUAACACAUCCAAAGGAAAAUGGUACCCAACAACUGUCUGCCACCCAGCUCCAUAUGAAUAUUAGAACAUAAUCCUGUGUGAAUUAUAAUGCCUGACUGUCAGACCUGUUCCGCAUCACAGACCAGUACAAUGGUUUCUACCCAUGAUUAGUGCUGGAUAUUGAACAUACUGACUUCCCCCUAUUUUGUAAGGCCGCUUCGGCAAGGUCUGAACUGCUCGGCUCCCCAUUCAGAAAUAGUGUUGUCCAGUGUCCGACUGGUAACACUAACAGUACUUUGCAUGGAAACCCAGACCCCUCCCAUCCAUUUCUGUGAGCUGAGCGCUAGCAUCUCUGCAUGUGCAUGCUCUUUUAACUUCAGUCCUAAUGUGCAUUUGAUGGACUUCCCUGGAUGAAGUCAUCUCAUCGUUUAAUCAUCACUUAAGUGCAGUAAGAAGAACACACCCUCACGCCGGUAUGUUCUACAGGCUGCUAUCAUUUUCUGUGAAAAGAGCAGACACCGGUAGACAGAGCUGACAGUCACAUUAAAAUUAUGAUGGGAAUAAAAAGAAUUAAAAGGCUAAUUCCAGUAUCACGACUCAGGAAUGUAACUACACAAAAUGUUUUUAUUUUUGAACAUUAGGCUUCGUAACCUGGUAACCCAUCCUCGUUGCAACAGUAAUAUUGUUGUUGCACCUCCUUCCAUUUUACCCAGCUAUUUCAAGCACCAUUACAGCAAUGGAGAAUGUUACUGUGGUUUUCCCCAGUCAUUAAAUGCAUUUAAUUUGUCACCCCAUGCCCUCUGUCUUCUUCCAUUUGCAGAUUUCCUCCAAAAGAGAAGAAAGAUGGGGGGGCAACGCCUCUCAUUUUUAUAGGUUUCCUCAGUCAUUCAGAUGUAUAUCAUACUUGAUAUUUACAGAUUCACAUCCAU